AUGGAGAAGAUGAAGCAGCAUUGGGACAUGGUUGGAUUCGUCGCCGACGGCCAAUAUGGGAUUCCGAGAAGAUGCCCAUGUGGUGGAUCUAUCAAGCACGAUGUAUCUCCUUCUCCAAAAUUUAAACACGAUUUCGAUACUCAACCAGACAGUAGCUAUCACUACACAGACAAUUUCCUCAUCGAUCCAUACGAGGAGGAGUUGAAGGAAGAGAAGAGGCGCUGCAAGGAAAUGGAGAAGAUGAAGCAGUAUUGGGACAUGGUUGGAUUCGUCGCCGACGGCCAAUAUGGGAUUCCGAGAAGAUGCCCAUGUGGUGGAUCUAUCAAGCACGAUGUAUCUCCUUCUCCAAAAUUUAAACACGAUUUCGAUACUCAACCAGACAAUAGAUACUUCACCUGCACCAAAUUUAAGGAUGAUGGACUCCACUUUCGUCAGCCAUGGGUUUUCGGAGUCGAACAAGAGAUUGAGAAGCUAGUUAUGAAAGUUGAAGAGCAGAGCAAGACGAUUAAAGAAAUGCGAAAACAGAUUUAG